AAUAAACAAUAGAGCGAUUAUUAAUAUUAGUUUCGGGCAUAUGUUGAGACAUUGCCAAAAUUAGCAGCGCAGCCAGCUACUUAUGCAAGUGCGUAAGUGAGUGUGUGCGUGUGUGUGAGAGCUUCUUUUUGGCGUGACGUCAGUCUUCCUUUCGCAACAAUCCUUUCGGCGACGCUUUUAAAAGUUGCUGCGGCGCCAACAUGGUGCGUUGGAGUGCACGUUCGCGUCGGGCGCAUCAGGAUCAAGUUGAGCUGCUCGCCAGCAAUAACAAAGUGGCCGAUGAUGAUACCAGCGAUAACGCUGCCUUUCGCAAUUCCGCUGACCUCUCGGAUACGGAUGAAAUCUUUCUAAAGGGUCUUUUGCUCACUAAUCCAUCAAUGCCGCACAAGGAACUUAUGCUGAAUCCAACAGAGCCGCAGCCCGUGCCCGCCUUUCUGCCAGCGCAUUUGAACAACAAGCCGAUCUGUGACGAUAUCAUACGCAAAUUUUCGCCCUCCCGUCGCCUGGAAUCUCGCGAGCUAGCCAAGCUCUUGGCCCAACCUCACUUUCGAGCUCUGCUGCGUGCCCACGAUGAAAUAGGAUAUUUGUACGAACAACGCUUGAAAAGUGCCGGUGGAUCUCUAACGAAACUCGAGGCGACAUCGCAACGCCAAUCGGGCGGCUAUCUCUAUACGGAAGACAUAUUGAACAGCAAGAUGCCCGUGGAAACGAUCAAAAUGGUCGGACUACGACGAGAUCCCAAGCAGCCGCUGGGCCUCACCGUCGAACUGGAUGAGUUCAAACAGCUGAUUGUGGCACGCAUCCUGGCCGGAGGCGUCAUCGAUAAACAGGCCAUGUUGCACGUGGGCGAUGUGAUUCUUGAGGUGAAUGGCACCGCGGUACGCACCCCCGAUGAACUGCAGGUGGAGGUGUCGCGGGCAAAGGAGAAUCUCACGCUGAAGAUCGGCGCCAAUGUCGAUGAGGAGAUCAAAAGUGGUCGCUAUACGGUCAGUGCUGGUGGGGGUCAGGUAAAACAGAAUGGCAUCACAAAUCUUGAAUCGGGCAAGAAACUAACGUGUUAUAUGCGCGCAUUGUUCUCAUACACUCCAUCGGAGGAUUCGCUGCUGCCCUGCAGGGAUAUUGGAUUGCCCUUCAAAUCCGGCGAUAUUUUGCAGAUAAUUAAUGUAAAAGAUCCCAACUGGUGGCAGGCAAAGAACAUCACCGCCGAGUCGGAUAAAAUUGGCUUGAUCCCGUCGCAGGAGCUCGAGGAGCGACGCAAGGCAUUUGUGGCGCCCGAGGCUGAUUAUGUGCACAAGAUUGGCAUCUGUGGCACGAGGAUAUCGAAGCGGAAAAGGAAGACGAUGUAUCGCUCGGUGGCGAACUGUGAGUUCGACAAGGCGGAGUUGCUGCUCUAUGAGGAGGUGACACGCAUGCCACCGUUUCGCAGGAAAACUCUGGUGCUGAUUGGCGUCUCCGGUGUGGGCAGACGCACGCUCAAGAAUCGACUGAUCAACAGCGAUGUGGACAAAUUUGGAGCAGUGAUUCCACACACCAGUCGCCCGAAGCGCGCCUUGGAGGAGAAUGGCGUUAGCUAUUGGUUCAUGGAUCGUGAGGAAAUGGACGAGGCCAUUAAGCAGAACGAGUUCCUCGAAUAUGGCGAACACAAUGGCAAUCUGUAUGGCACCCACUUGCAAUCGAUCAAGGAUGUGAUCAACAGUGGACGCAUGUGUAUUUUGGAUUGUGCGCCGAAUGCAUUGAAGAUACUGCACAAUAGCCAGGAACUGAUGCCAUUUGUCAUAUUCAUCGCUGCACCCGGCAUGGAGCAGCUGAAGACCAUCUAUGCCGAUCGUCGUGCAACCGGCUCCAAUAGAAAUCUAUCGUUCGAUCGUCAGAGUUCCAUACGCUUCAGCUCCCGGCGUGCACGCACACUCGAGUCCCUGGCAUCGCUAUAUGAGGAUGACGAUCUCAUCUCGACGGUGGAGGAGAGCAGCUUUGUGCAGCGUAAAUAUGAGAAAUACUUUGAUAUGAUCAUUGUCAACGAGGACUUCGAUGAGACAUUCCGUCAAGUUGUGGAGACCUUGGACCAGAUGAGUCACGAGGAGCAAUGGGUGCCGGUAAACUGGAUUUACUAGAAAAUGCUGUGCAAAACCUAGCAGCGAACGAAUUAUUCUAUCUUUAGAUACCUAUUGUAUUCAAUCGCAAACGAAAUAUCUACUUUAUCUAAAAUCUAUCUAUCUAUAUGCAAUAUUGUAUAAUUUCUUAAUGAUGCCCAUCGUCCAUAUUUUAUAUUUUUGUUUAAAUUGAUUUCCUUAAUUAUAAGGCUAAUGUUAUACUAUGUAUGAAACGAAUUCGUCCUUUUGCAAGCUGUUCUAUUUGUAUGACAAUUAUUUUAAUUACGUA